AAAAUAAUGCGAUGUAUCAAAUUUUUAUCAGCGGUUAUCACUUAGCUGAUGUUUCACAUGGAAAGCCAUACUACGUUUAUUCAGUUGAAAUGGUUCAUUCAAUAAACGGAACACGACAUUUUGUUGAAAAGAGAUACAGUGAAUUUAACGCCCUACAUAGAUUGUUAAAAAAGGAAAGUGAGACUGCGUCUUUUCCACCAAAAAGAGUUCGAAAUUCAAAUCCAAAAGUCCUUGAACAUAGACGAGCUGCUUUAGAGCAGUAUAUGCAGAAAAUGUUAAAACUUUCCAGUACAAAGCAUCAAGUAUUAAAUUUUUUAGGUGUCGAUAAUCAGCCAAUUAGAACAAAUAACAAAAGAAUACAAACACUUACUCACCAGCCAAUUUUCCAUUACAAUUACGAUCCAUACGUUCAGGCCAAUGUAUCUUCCUCACUUCCUGACAUUGUUACCAAUGGUGUUUUACACGGAAUCUAUGGAUUUAGAAAUUCUGAAUGAUUAUCGAAAUGACCUAGAAAAAAAGAAGGAAAAAAACCACGAGAUUAAUGAGCUUCAUUUGCUGUUUAGAACAAAGAUCCAUCACCUGAGUAUUAUUUUUUAUCCAUCAAUUUUAUUAAUAUUGAAAUAUUUUAACAAAUUUUAUAAAUAUAUUAGAAAAAUUAUUUAUAUUGAA